UUUGCCAUAAUGGCUGAAAAUUCGCAAAUAAAGCCUCGUCCGGUAAGACAUAGGCAUAGGAACAGAAUAGCCACCGAGGGCGAUGUCUCUUCCUCCCGUUCAAAAGGCAAAGAGCGUGCCGUUGACGUUAACGGGGACGUAACCCUUGUUGACGGAGCAAAGGCUGGUAAGAAGAGGAGAAAAAGGCAGGCACCCAAUGGAUUGCCAUCUUUGCCUACAGAUGACUCAGUGGGGGGACAGGGUGAGUCAUCGACUUGCCGAGCGCCUCGGCGAAGAGAUGAUAGUGAGCACUGGGACCAUAUACCGGUCGCCCAAAAUGAGUUCACUCGUGUCCCACCAGUCUGGUCCAAAGACGGCAGGUUUUAUUUUUCUGUGGUUCACACCUCUAUCCACAUCCACUCUUCCACCUCACCAAGUUUUCCCCGUCUCUCCACUCUCUCUUCAACCCACCCCAGGGGUCACUCUAAACCCAUAACCUCCCUUCAGUUGUCCCCCAUAAAUCCCUUUCAGAUUGUAAGCUCUUCGUUGGAUGGUACUAUCAAGAUCUGGGAUUGGGUGGCUGGCAGGUUAAUCAGAACUAUUGAUUUUCAUGAACCUCAAUCCAAAGUGGACCAUGUGGCCUUUGGUCAGGUUGUUGGGAAAUGGUGGCUUUUUGCUGCUGUAACCCAUGCCAAGCAAUCAAAUUCAGGGCAAAAGUUGGCUUAUAGACUGUUGAGGACUCCUCUCGGCGGUAACUCCAAUCCUAUACUUCUUGGGAAGUUGUCCAACCGUCCUGUAUCUCUCAUUAUGUCUCCUCGAUCCACCUAUCUCGUUGCUCUUGCUGCGAACAAGGCCUAUACCUAUCGUAUGCCGACUCCCCCUUUCAAAUCCUCUGAUCCAUGGGAGGAUCGACCGACUUGUGUCAAGUUUGUGUCUGACCAGCCUUUCACUUGCGGUGCGUUUUGUCCAGAGAAAACUCUUGCGACUGCUACGGAAGAAGAUUGGUUCGCCACCGGUGAUCAAAAGGGUGUCAUCAGGCUCUGGCACGGUCUGACUCAGGCUUUCCGACAAGUCGACGCUGCUGCUUCAUUGGCUUUGGGCGGUGUUGUUGGCUCUAAUCAAGGCCCUGAAACCGAAAAGCGAUUGCCUACCACGUCGCUCCACUGGCACGCUCACGCUGUGUCCGCCAUCGCGUUUACACCUUCUGGAUCACAACUUCUUUCCGUUGGCGAAGAAUCCGUGCUCGUUCAAUGGCAUCUUGCCUCGGGCAGAAGGGAGUAUAUCCCUCGACUCGGUGGACGUCCGAUUGUCAGCCUUGCUGUCAGAAAGGCUACCGCCGCUGGAGAAGAAGAGUGGUGGAUGGCGCUCGCCGACGGUUCUGUUGUGCGAGUAGGAGCUUCUUCCAACCGAGUCGCCAGUGUCGGUCAGGGUAUUCGCCUAGACCCUUUGCGCCCGUCUUCUUCUGAUACUCCCUAUCCUCUCUCCGUUCACCCUUCCACUGGCUCACUAGUUGUCCCUUCCUCUCACCCUUCUACCAUUCAGUUCAUUGACCCUAUCGCGUCUACUGUGCUUUUCGACCUCGAGGUUGUACCCUCUAAUAGGGUAAGCAGAAGAGAGGAAAAAGAGCAUGAGCCUGUCAAGGUGGAGAAAGUUGCCUUUUCAGAUGAACAAGACGGCAAGUCGAUAUGGAUGGCUACGAUGGAAGGUCGAGAAGGUGAUGAAGGUGAAGGUGGUGGGAGAGUUAAGAAUUUGAAGAUGUGGAAGUGGAUGGAUGAUAGAUACCUUGUAAACACUCAGUUCCCUCGUCCUCACGGUACAUCGGAUAUCAGCUCUGUCACUUUUUCGCCUACGCCUUCUGCCCCCGGUACCUCCUCGAACCCCGUUUCCACCCCUGAUCCGUAUCUCCUGACUACUUCAACCGAUGGUGUUGCCAAGAUCUGGCAUGUCCGACAGUCGGGAAAGAGUGAGCAAGGCAAAGUUUCCGCCAAGAAGCCUAUAAUCGUAGAACUUUACUGGUCAUGUCGCUCGACCUUCAAUUACCGCAACCUUCCUAUCCGAGCAUCUGCCUUCUCACCUGAUGUUUCCAUUCUUGCUCUCUCUCACGGCUCUGUCGUCACUCUUUGGGAUGUUAGCAGCAACAUUUUGCUUAAGGUGCUUGACAAUGGACUUAUCUCGGAUAUAAUGACCAUCGGGUUCAUUGGCAAGGAAGGCAGGUGGUUGGUUGGAACUGGAAAAGGGAGAGGGGUGGCAGUGUGGGAUCUUCUCUCUUGUGAAGUUGCUUGGUCAUCGCCUAGCCUUGCCGCCGAUAACCUCAUUACUUCUUCUACUGCCUCAUAUUUUAUCUCUGCCUCCAACGCACCAUCAAGCACAACACUUCGAGUGUUUGCCCCCGAUUCUCCUGCUCCCCUCCGAACUAUCUCUAUCGAUACCAAAGUCACUCAGAUUGUCUCCUUGUCCCAGUCGUCUGCGUCGGAGUCAUCUUCGUCUCUACAUUUCAUCGGUAUUGCACCCUCGGGUGAGAUCUAUCGCUUUGGUGAUAUCGCGGCUGCUCUUGUGCCAGAGUCGGCCAACAGUGUCCGCCAAGCACAAGCCAAGGAGGGUCUUUCCAUUUGGCAGGAGAUGUUCGGCAAAGGUGCUUUCCUCGAAGAGCCCGAAACUGAGGAGCCCAUUACCGCCACCGCUUCUGCUCUACAGCAACGUGUAUCUGACAAGUCAGGUCGACCUGCCGACAUCUUUGAAGGUCCUAGUCAUACCAUGCCCCCUACUGGCUUGUUGUUUGACGCGUUCAUGGAUGAAUUAUUGCACGGUAACACAGCUGCGAAAGAUGAAAGAAAGGUGAAGGAAGUCACUAGGGAUGAGGCUGUAGUGUAUGAAAUGGAGGUUGACGACUCUGGUGCUGAGGAGACCAGUGCCGGCGAAAUCAAGGGCAGGGCUGUUGAAGAUGGAGAGAUCAGGGAACUCGAAGCUUUCUUCAAGGACUUGUUAUCGUCUAUUCCCCGAGCGCCCCUUACACCUGCUAGUAGAAAGCCUGACACACUUCGCAAUCGUUUGCCUUCUCACCUCACGAACCAUACUCCUGCUCGGUCCGUGGCGACUCCACUCCAAAGCCGAAAGGCGAACGGUGACGCAUCUCGUGGUCGAGCGUCUCUGUUAGCUGGUGGUAAUCAUGUAGACGAGUCGGACAUUGGUACUCCAGGAAGUGUCACCGCAUCAGGAAACAAGAAGGGUAAAAAAAGAAAGGCGCCGAGAGAAGAGUAGAUUAUUAUAGUAGAUGUGCAUUAGCAUGUGUCUGAAUCUAUGCAAGUUGUACAUUUUAG